UGCUACAGAUCCUACAUAGCACAAGAAUGAAUCAUUCCUGCCGUUGUGUGUGCUGUGGAGUAUAAGUGCUUUCAAAGCAGCAGACGAUUUACUCCAACAAAACAUCUUCACAACUUCUCUGGGAACACAACAACCUCAAGACAUGUCUAAGCUGGAGAAAGCCAUUGUGGCCAUAGUGGAGGUGUUUGAGGAGUAUGCAGGGACAGAUGAGCAGAAAACCCAGCUCAGUAAUGCUGAACUUGGACAGCUCAUUAAAGCCCAAAUUACCAGUCCUGAAUUUAAGGAUAAAGUGGAUCCAGAUAAUAUUAAGGAGGUCAUGGAAGAGCUGGAUAAGAACCAUGAUGGUGAAGUGAACUUCCGUGAAUUCAGUCAGUGUAUUGCUGGCUUAGCCAGGGCCUACUACAUAAAGAAGCACGGCAAGGAAAAGUGCAGAGGAAAGGGCAGGGGGUGUCAGGACAAGUGAACACACACAUCCUUACACUCCUGAUGCACUAGACUCUUGCCUCCUACAAGGUUCCAAAGUACCUCUCUAUAAUGUUGCAAACAAGACAGGCACAGUAAAAAUGGUUUGAACAAAUAUAGUGCCAUUUAGUUAAUGUAGUAGGAAAGAUUUCUCAGCAGUGUUGUGAAAAAUGUUUGUCCUGCCUAAUGAACAAUAAAAUGUACUUAGACAUGCAUUUUGCAGUAGUGAAAUCUUUAGCUUUCUGGACAAAAAUAAAAAACCUCUUGUCAUCA